AUGGCCGGCUCUAGUCGUCGAGCCGCGUUCACCGCCAUGGCCGCGUGCCUCCUGCUCCUCACAGCGAGCUCCGCGGCUCCCCGAGCCUCCGCGUUCCACUUGCCGCGGGAUGCGCGCGACGGCGAUGGCCGAAGCGGCAGCGCGCCCGAGUCCUCUUACGACCGCGACGCGGCGUUGGAGCUAGAAUCCACCUACGAGGAAGACGACGACGCGGCGCGAGUCGCCGGCAUUGCCACGACGCGUGGCGCGGGACGUGAUCCCGCGGCGCUCAUUGCCACGUCAGCGGGCUUCGCGUAUCCAAUGGCGGCUCCCAUCUACGUGGACAAGUCGCAACUGCCCACCAUGAUGGCCCUCAAGACCACGUGGUCCAAGUGGGCGGAUCUGAGCACGUGGGACGGAUCCAAGCCGUGCGAUCAGUGGACGCGGAUCAGAUGCUGGACAGAUGGCACCAUCAGGCGCAUGGAGAUGAGCGGGAUGGGCCUGCGCGGCAGUCUACCCGGCAUCAUCGGCGACCUCACCACGCUGGAAGAGCUGCUCGUUACCAAGAACUGGUUCACACACGAGUUUCCCAACAACCUCUCUAAGCUCGUUCGGUUGAAGAACCUGCAAGUGUGGAGCAACUAUUUCAACCACACCAUUCCACCCGGCCUUGGCAACCUGCGCAACCUCUACCAGCUGCACCUCAACAUAAACUAUUUCAAGGGUGGAAUCCCUAACACCUUUUCUCAGCUCACCAACCUCUACCGCCUCUUUGUGUCCUCCAACCUCCUAUCCGGCACCUUCCCCAGCGUCAUCUGCGCCAUGACCACGCUCCGAGAGCUGCGCAUCAGCGGGAACCAUUUUGAGGGCUCCAUUCCCCCUUGCGUGAGCCGCCUCAAACUGCUCUACUACAUGUAUGUGGAUACCAACAAGUUCACAGGAAGGCUGCCCAAGACCAUUGGCACCAUGACCAACCUGCAGAACCUCUUUAUCAAUCAGAACAGCAUUGCGGGCCCUCUCCCCGCCACCAUCACCCGACUUAGAAACUUGCGUAUCCUGUUCAUGAGCAGCAAUCCCAAGCUGACCGGCAGGCUGCCGCGCAAUAUAGGCAAUAUGGUUGGCCUUACAGACCUGGUGAUGGAGUAUUGCAACUUCAGCGGUCCCAUCCCACCAUCCAUCACCCGUCUCACGCGCUUGCAGCGACUCUUGCUAGACAACAACUACUUCCGGGGCAUAGUGCCGGAGGGCCUGAGCAGACUCACAGACAUCACCAUCCUCUACCUGGAGCGCAAUUUCCUCUACGGCACGUUCCCCAAGGUCAUUUCCUCGCUGCCCAAGCUCGCCUACCUCAACCUGCACGACAACAUGCUAACUGGCCCUCUCCCCACCAACUUCCCCAGUACGCGCUUCAUAGAUUACGGCCAGUACAACCUGCGCAACAACUUCUUCAACGGCCCGGCAGUGGUAACCGCAGGCGGGCAGUCCUUCUGCCCCGUCAACCACACCUACACAGGCGUGUUCUUCGAGUCUUCGCUCGCUAAGAACUGCCUCACUUACCCUGUUGGGAGCCCGUGUGAGAAGGCUGGGCUUGUGCAAGUGCAAGUGCCUACGCAUGUGUGUAAGAUAUUUUGUAACGCGGAUACGAACACGUGCGGUGGGAAAGGGUACUGCUGGUUUGGAGGCGGUCGGAGCCCGUCUUGUGAUUGCUUUCCGGGGUAUAAGCCGACAGCGGAUAAGCAGUUAUGUGUGAAAGCUUGA